UGUAUUUGUGCGGCCAUCAGGGCUCGACGCCUCGUCGAACAGGAGCCGGCGACGUCGCCCCCUUCGUCCCCUCCACCGCGCCCACGCCACGAAUCCAUUCCAUUCCCAUUCCUCCCCACGCCGCGCGCCUCCAUAAUACCGCACCGCCACCCCCCCAUGCCGCUCGCCCACCACCACCACAACCCCCGCAAAGGCCAUCGGGACUUGGCAUUCGAUUCCCAGCCCGGCCCACGCGCUUCUCGCCCCGAGAGGAGCGGCUAGCUCUGCCUCUGCGCCCGCGGUGCCGGCGGCGGCGGCGGCGUUGUUCAUGAAGGUGCUGUGCAGCGCCUGCGAGGCGGCGGAGGCGAGCGUCCUCUGCUGCGCCGACGACGCCGCCCUCUGCGCGCGCUGCGACCGCGAGGUCCACGCCGCCAACCGGUUGGCCGGCAAGCACCAGCGCUUGCCCCUCCUCGCCCCCGGCGGCCAAAACGCCGCCGCCGCCGCCGCGGCCGUGUCGCCGCCCAAGUGCGACAUAUGCCAGGAAAGCGACGCCUACUUCUUCUGCCUCGAGGACCGCGCGCUGCUCUGCCGAAGCUGCGACGUCGCCGUGCACACCGCAAACACCUUUGUCUCGGCGCACCGCCGCUUCCUCCUCACCGGCGUCCAGGUCGGCCAGGAGCUGGACGACCCCGCCCCGGAGCCGCCGGAGACGUCGCCUCCCCCGCCGACGAAGAGCGACCCGGCCCCGCCGCUCUUCGGCGAGAGCGACUUCAGCUGGGCGGCCGGCGUCACCGGGACCCUCGCGGACUGGUCGGUCGUGAACGAACAGUUCGGCGGCUCCCCUGCUCCGCGCCACGCCGAGGCGGCGAGCCGGGCCACGCCGAAGCGGAGCCCGCGGGCGCCGGCGUUCGGUGCCGGUCAGGCCCGCAUCGCCGGCGGGGUCAUGGACUGGCCCCUGGGCGAGUUCUUCCGCGGCGUCAGCGACUUCAACGGCGGCUUCAGCUUCGGCGAGAGCGGCACCUCCAAGGCCGACAGCGGGAAGCUCGGCGGCAGCGCGGGGGGCUCGCCGUACUACCGCUCGUCGUCGGAGGACCGGGACGCCAACGAGCUGUUCGGCCAGGUGCCGGAGAUCCAGUGGUCGGUGCCGGAGCUCCCCUCCCCGCUGACGGCCUCCGGGCUCCACUGGCAGCACGGCGGCGGCCCCGACAGCACCGCCUUCGUGCCGGACAUCUGCUCCCCGGACAGCGCCGUCCGCUGCUUCCCGACCGCCGCCGCCGCAGCAGCAGCAAAGCGCCAGAGGAAUCGGUAGCACGGGGUCACCACGCCCAUCAGCCCAUGAUUGUUCCUGCCUGCAUCCUGCAGGCUGCAGCUAUCUAGCUAGCUGCUGAGCCAACAGAAUGCAGCUGCUGCGUCCAGGACAGCAGAACACUGACCUGAUGUCCUGAUGUGUGUAGCUUCAUUUUGCCAUGGUGGUGCUUCAACCAAUCAAGAUAGCAACAGAGAAGACAGUGAGUAAUAGUGAGGAGGGUGGUGUUUGAGGUUGACGUUGCAUCGAGCAUCUAUCGUCAAUCCAUGGCGACAGUGAGAGUAAUGGGGAUUUGAUAUUUGUGUUUGUGUGCGUGUGUUGGCUGGUGCAUCUACCUAAACACUGGACGAUCGAACGAGCUCGAAACUGCUAGCAUUUUGACUUCCUGGCGGAGGUCUGAAACUGAUGCGCUAACCGAUAGCUUAGACAUUGGACAGUACUAUACCAGCACAGAAGAUUUGAUGCUGAUGACGAUGCUUCGUUUUCUUGUCCGUUCAAGGAUUGGUGUCUCAGUGGAUAGGUUCCAUCAGUGUAACAAAAUUACAGAUGCUGGCGAUGCUUGUACAUUACAUUAGGGCCCUUAUCGUGUUGCCAAUAUAUGCAGACUCAAUUGAGUGGCCAUGUUUUUCCUAAAAGUA